ACUGGAGAGAAGCCCUACAAAUGUAAAGAUUGUGGCAAAGCUUUCAGUCUAAAAUCACACCUUAUUCCACACAGAAGAACCCACACUGGAGAGAAGCCCUACAAAUGUAAACAUUGUGGCAAAGCUUUCAGUCAAAAAUCACACCUUAUUGGCCACUGCAGAACUCACACUGGGGAGAAGCCCUACAAAUGUAAAGAAUGUGGCAAAGCUUUUAGUCAAAAAGCAGACCUUUUUAGGCAUAGAAGAACUCACACUGGAGAGAAGCCCUACAAAUGUAAAGAAUCUGGCAAAGCUUUCAGUCAAAAAGUAGGCCUUAUUUCCCACAGCAGAACACACACUGGAGAGAAGCCCUACAAAUGUAAAGAUUGUGGCAAAGCUUUCAGUCAAAAAUCACAUCUUAUUUGCCACAGAAGAACUCACACUGGAGAGAAGCCCUACAAAUGUAAAGAAUGUGGCAAAGCUUUUAGUCAAAAAGCAGACUUUUUUAGGCACAGCAGAACUCACACUGGAGAGAAGCCCUACAAAUGUAAAGAAUGUGGCAGAGCUUUCAGUCAAAAAGUAGGCCUUAUUCACCACAGCAGAACACACACUGGAGAGAAGCCCUACAAAUGUAAAGAUUGUGGCAAAGCUUACAGUCGAAAAUCAUACCUUAUUUGUCAUAGCAGAACUCACAUGAGAGAACCUAACAAAUGCAAAGGAUGUGACAAAGUUUUUACUCAAAUAUCAACCCUUAUUUGCCACAAUGGAAUUCACACUGGAGAAUAA